UUCAUUUUCUACUACUUAAAGCUGUAUUAAAAUCGAUGACACAUGGAAAAAACAAACGUGAAUCUAAAUAUCCUUCAAUGAUAUUCUCAAGUGACUGUGAACUGUAUUUAAGACUCGUUUUGGCAUAAUCUGAUGUCUUGAAUUGCGCUCGCGGAUGUCAAGUCUCCGGCGCGCGCCACAGAAGCGCACAGUCUGGCGAGAGCGCGCGAAUCGGUUCGCGUGCAGAAGAGAAAAUCCCAAACAUUUUUAAUCAUCACGCUGCUGAUUGUGGCUGAUUAUCCGUGAAAGGGAAACCAUCAUCUCUUCAGGCGUAAAGCACGCUCGUACUUCUGCAACCAGAGCGCAUAUUGAGCCCGGAUCCUUUAGUGUCGCGCGCGCAAAUGUGUUAAUUUUAAACGCAGGGACUGCCGUGAAGUAAGCGCGGAAAAUGGAUCAGUAAAAGUGCGAUUUUUUUGCCUGUCAGUUUGUGUAAGUGUGGACGGAAGGGUUUGAUGGCAGCUCAGAUGGCUUCAGGACUUUGGUUUGUCGCGCUCACCAUGGCGACUGUUUGGUGUGCAGAAGUGGAGGAGCGGUUGGUAAACUAUUUACUCUCCCCUGACCGGUACAAUAAGCUGAUCCGGCCGGCGGUCAACAAGAGCCAGCAGGUCACCAUUGCAAUCCAAGUGUCCCUUGCUCAGCUUAUCAGUGUGAAUGAGAGAGAGCAGAUCAUGACCACCAACUGUUGGCUUACUCAGGUAUGGAAUGAUUAUCGGUUGAUGUGGGAUCCAGAGGAGUAUGAAGGGAUGAGGAAAGUUCGGCUUCCCUCUCAACAUAUAUGGCUGCCUGACAUCGUCCUGUACAACAAUGCUGAUGGGACAUAUGAGGUGUCUUUCUACUCCAAUGCGGUCGUGUCAAAUAACGGUGAGGUUGCCUGGCUUCCACCGGCCAUUUAUAAGAGUGCCUGUAAAAUCGAGGUCCGGGACUUUCCUUUUGACCAGCAAAACUGCACGCUCAAGUUCCGCUCCUGGACGUACGACCACACAGAAAUAGACCUCAUAUUGCUGUCAGACUUCGCCAGUCGAGACGACUUCAAGCCCAGCGGUGAAUGGGACAUCGUCUCCUUGCCUGGUCGCAAAAACGAAGACCCAAAUGAUGUCACGUAUUUGGAUAUAACCUACGAUUUCAUCAUCAGACGCAAGCCACUGUUUUACACCAUAAACCUGAUCAUCCCUUGUGUCCUCAUCACCUCAUUGGCCAUCUUAGUUUUUUAUCUCCCGUCAGACUGUGGGGAGAAAAUCACAUUGUGUAUUUCUGUUCUCCUGGCCUUAACUGUGUUUCUCCUACUGAUCUCCAAAAUCGUACCCCCGACAUCACUGGCCGUGCCCCUCAUCGGGAAGUAUUUAAUGUUCACAAUGGUUUUAGUGACUUUUUCUAUUGUUACGAGUGUGUGUGUGCUAAAUGUGCACCAUCGAUCGCCAAGCACACACUCUAUGCCCAAAUGGGUGAAAUACUACUUUCUUGUACGUUUGCCUGCUUUUCUUUUCAUGCGACGGCCGGGAGAGUCCAACAAACGGGAUAGGUUUCGCAGGAAGCACCAGCAGCACUCUUCGUCCGAUGUCCCAGUGAAGAGCGAGGCUGAUGAGGCCGAUUCCACCUUCUUCGUGAAUGAGGAUUCAGCCAAUCACAUCGGCUGGAGAGCAGGAGAGCUGCAAGAGAACAGCGAGCUUCGCAAGAGGAUGGCGGUGAAGUGCUCGGCGGACAUGGAGGAGGCUGUGAAGGGGGUUAGAUACAUCGCUGACAAGAUGAAGAGCGAGGAUGAUGACGAAGGGGUGAGUUUUAUACAUGUGUUUGGAAAAAAUAUGUACACAAAAAAAUUAUGUUUGCUGGUUGUAAGUACUUAUUUAAAAUUAGCAGAAACAACUAAUUUUUUAGAGGUUUAAGAAACCCUGGAGUACUUUUUUAUUUGAACAGAUUUGGGUGUGUUGAGCAUCAGUCAAGACAACGUUAGCUCCUGUCAGCUUUAUUUGUGGGGAAAACUGGAUAAUUUUGAGCUUUUGUUCAAACUUAUUUCAUCUUCCGGCUUUAAAAUCAUCUUUGGGGAUCAAAAUCGGUGACGUAGCGUGAAUCUGCAAGUGGAGUGAUGACUCUGCGGUUUCUCAUUAUUAUUCAUAGCAGAGAUUUCAAUCCUAUGAGAAGACCCUGCUGCUUAAUUAUUCAUGAGAGCAUGUGCUUUCCGAAGGCAAGGCAGACCUGCCAAGCUGUGAGACCCAAUGACUGGGUGAGACCGUGUCCACAUACUGUAUUAAGUAUUUAGCUGUUCAAGAAGGCUCGUAUGUGUUUGUUUCCAUGAUCCACGAGGUUUGUUGCAUGUUUUU